UCUGCCCCGCUGCAAUAAAGGCAGAUAGCGGACCAUGGGGAGCAGGGGAAAACUUUUUAUACUGACAUGUUAGCGCAAUGACUUUUGAGUAACAUCUAACUGGGACGAGGCUCCCGGCGUGAGGAGGACAGUGCUCUUUAACGGGAAGACAAAAAGAGCACUUGCCAUCUUGCCGGGAUACGGGAACGAAAAGCAAGACGGCAAAGAAGAGUUGAGACGAGUCCAAGAGAAUCAGCGGUGGAAAAACCAGUUUAGCCAUUUGAUUUGAAAGAUGAGCUUGUUGUCUGCCAUAGACACGAGUGCCUCCGUGUACCAGCCUGCGCAACUUCUUAACUGGGUCUAUCUCUCCUUACAAGACCCCCACCAGACCAGCGCUUUUGACGCGUUUAGACCCGAACCCAACUCUUCCCACCCGGAUCUCAAUUUCAGCAAGACUCCCGCAGCGGCGGAUUUGAGCUCUUCCCUGAACUCCAACUAUCUCAACAAUUUCUUUCAGCUGCAGCGGAAUGAGGCCUUAAACAACAACGUGUAUAAGAAUGUGUCACCCUAUGGCUCCCUGAACAACAUCGUGGACGGACUCAACUCCCUGACGGACCAUUUCUCAGACCUUUCCCUUUCUUCAGAGCCAAGGAAACCCAACAAAAGACCCCCACCAAACUACCUGUGCCACCUGUGCUUCAACAAGGGCCAUUAUAUUAAAGACUGCCCUCAGGCCAGACCCAAAGGUGAAGGGCUGACACCAUACCAGGGUAAGAAGAGAUGUUUUGGAGAGUACAAGUGCCCCAAGUGUAAGAGGAAGUGGAUGAGUGGUAACUCCUGGGCCAACAUGGGACAAGAAUGUAUCAAAUGCCACAUCAACGUCUAUCCACACAAACAGCGCCCUUUAGAGAAGCCAGAUGGCCUGGAUGUUUCUGACCAGAGUAAGGAGCACCCACAACACCUGUGCGAGAAAUGUAAAGUCCUGGGCUACUACUGCCGCCGUGUGCAAUAAUCAUCUUUAUUCAGAGCAACGUUUGUGUCCCAAAUCCUAUUGCUCAUCCUCCAUCAAGGCUGUUAACUUCCUCCCUUGCACAACAUGGCAUCCUUUCCUCCUCACGCCCCCCUCCCCUUCUUUCAGAAGCCUCAAAUAUAGACGGUUAUAGCUCUAACCCUUUCUUUUUUUUUGAUCACCAGUGGAACACAACAUAUCCAUUAUGCUUCUUUUUUUGUGACAGUAUUGAAGAUUACACCCAGAAAUGAGAUGGAACAUGUUAACUUAGGAUCAAUAUCGAUCUCUCAAAGUGAUCUUCAUCAAAAACUUGCCAAAACAGUGCCUCAUGCAUCAGAAACCACAUAACCCUAUUGAUCAAAACUCGAUGUUUAACAAACAGCUAACCGUUGUGUUGAUUAAUUAGCACCAGGCAUGUAUUUCAUUGGUGUCACUGACAGUAUUGGUCUCAAUAGAUUACCUCGCCUUGGGGUUUGUUGGCUUUGUGUUUACAGAGGUCUGCCUUCCAUUUCCCUACCAAGUGAAGUGUGUGGUAAUGUGAUGAACGUUUAACCCGGGCCUCUCAUGAUAGUAUAAUGUAUACGGGGCCUUUGAUGUCUUGCCGUAUUAGGGUCAGCAGCACAUCUUAUUAACUGUGAAUUAACUAAGGGACAAUGUGCCAUACAUCCCUAGCUUACAUUUGGCCUAUUUAUUUUCUUGUCGUCUAGUGUGCAAUUUGAAUUUAAACUGGGACAUAAAGAAAUGUUUUUUGUAUGUUUAUAUAUCACAUUAUUGUGUAACUGCUUCCACAUGUCUAGAAACUACUGUAGGUUCAGUUGCGUUCGUUUAGAUUUAGUGCAUUGCUAACAGAUAAAGUUUCAUUCAUCUUCCCUGGAGUAUUUUUGUUGCCAUACAAAUUCUCAGUUAUCUGUAACUAUGACUUGUGUUUAAUUUGAAAUCACAAGAAUGUCAACUGAAAAGGAGCUGUAGGAAAAUAGUAGCUUUAGUAAUAAUAAUCUUGCCGUCCACAGUUUCUUGCCAGUGUCUGAAUAUUAGAUUUUACAAAGCUAAAAAAAAAAAAUGUAUCUAAUAAAAAUGUACUGCCACAAUUUGAUAAGCAUUAUGAAACAUGAUCGAACUGUUCACAUGUAAAGCCUGAUUAGAUUUCAACCACAAAUUUGUAAAAUACAAAAGGAGAUGAUUUUUUUGAAAGAGAUUCAGAAAGAUAUUUGAGUUCACAUUUCGAUGCCUGACCACCUUCGUGGAGUCAGUGAAGCUAAAAGGAAACUCUUCCAAGGGCUUGCAUCCUUCAAAACUAUGUCAAACAGCUGACUGCGGUGUAAAGAUUGUCCAGAGGGAGGUGAAACUUUGGAGAAAUGCAAUGACUUUCAGGUUGGUUGAGAGAAAGAAUACGAUUUAAUAUAGAAGGGCUGAUCUGUGAUGUGGUGAUGCUGAAGAUUCAAGGAUAUAUUGAAAGUGAUGUAUUCAUUUUUUUUUAUGAAUUUAAGUGCCUACUAUUAUAAACCAAUGUCUUUAAAGGAAGAGAAGUACCCAUCCUGUUUACAUAUAUCACAGUGCAAACCUAAGCACUACAGAGGAAAUUUAUGUAGUUUGGACAUAUAGAAACCUGCCUUUCAAGGAACAUUGUUAUAGGAAUUGUGAACUAUUUUAUUUGUACUGUAUUUCUAGCCUUAUAAACGCUGGUUGACUAUAUUUUAUACUGUAACAUACUGUAUGUGCCUUAAAAAGAUUUAAAUCAUUCUGAAGUAUCAGGACUUGGAGGCCAUUUGAAAUUAAGAAAAGACAUGUGGUGAUAGGCUUGGAGUUGGAGCAGUUUACGUGCAUGUGGUAACUGUGAUGCAUAGUAAGUUUAUCGCAGGUUCUAGAUGUGACAAAGGACAAGAAAAUGAUACAGUCUAUUAGUAUUUUGGCAUGGUGGGUGUUCGCUUCAAUGCAGUUUGCUGGGUUGGAGGCACGGGCUGAAACAGCAUUUCCAGCUGGCAAUAACAAUCCUACCGUGGUCUGUUGUCAUGGAAUAUCAACAAAGAUGUUAUUUCUUAGUCGAUCCUCACAACAGAACGGAGUCGCACAUGAAACUGUGGACCUCGCUGUUUUUUUAAUCUAUUGUAGUUGUGUUUAUCCAAGGAACCGUGGGUUUUUUCAAAAAAUAUACAUGGUCACAUGCCUUAGUGGGAGAGUUUGCAGUGGCUGAUCAUGGUACCUUCACAUGUUUGGGAAAUUUUGCUAAAUUCCAUCUGGAAAGUUAAAGGGGCACUCCAGUGUUUUAGUAUUUCUAUAGUAUUACUGGGUGGGAACCCUGCAAGAGAGACUAAGUAGUCAAUGCAGCAGAGGCUGAGAUAUCUUUACUUUUAGUCCCUAGCAUUGCCCACAUUUCCUAGAAUGCAAACUAGUCUUUUAGGAGACUUACCUAGCAUGUUAAAUACUCCAUCUCUAAACCUUUUUGUUAAAAAUCUGUCUCCGAGCCUAAAAUGAGAUAACCCUCACAUAUUUGUAUAAGUCCAGCCCAUUUUUCAGCAAAAUUGGCAGGACUAAAAACGAUCACUAGGUUUCGUUUUUUUUUUUCCUCUAACUUGACAAAGCUCCUUCAGAAGUAGAGAUAUGCAACCGUCAGUAGUACUUCCUGUGACGAAUAAACUGAACUUUAUGAGCAUAAUUGUUGGAGUGCCCCUUUAAAAGAAGGAAUUGGCAGUUGUGCAUCUAUAUUACCACGUUUGAGUUAAAGACCUUAUCUAAAUGAAAGAUUUCAGCUCGCCACUGUUGGGAACAAUCCAUUUCUUUUACUGUUUCCAUCAUCUUUCCUUUGCUCUGUGUGAUGACACUAACCUAACAGGAAUUUAUAUCUGUACCUUAUUGUCCACAGCAUAGCAUGUGGCUGUAGUGAGAGGAAUAGAUACCAAUGAUGCCUUAUGAACUAACCUCAAACAGGUAACUAUGUUAUUGUGAUUCAGAGUUCUGGCAGAAUAGAAAUGAGAAAUCCUGUUUGAGCGUUUGAUUCCGCCCAGAGACAUGUUAUGAGGACGCCAUUUUAAAUGGCAAAUCAAGAGCCAAUGGAAGCAGUUGAUACAAUACAUUUGCAAGAAAAAAAGAAAAAAAAAAAAGAUCUCUGCUUUCGGACGUAAUGUCUUGAAUUACAUAUACUUGACUUUUCUAGUACCUUUUCAGUUCAAAUUUGUUAUUUUCUAUGAAUGAGAUGUGUAUUUUGGAACACUUAAUAGAUGUUGAAAAUUUUCAAGCAAUCUGCAAAAACUCAAGAGUUAUUUCCCUGACAAAGAUAGACUGUUAUGUAUAUAUUUGAUGGCCAUCAUUUUCAAGGAUAGUAGCUCUUUUAAAGUGUUAUGCAAUAUUGAAGCUUUUUUGUGUGAAGAAGGGCCUAUUGCUGAGAAAUAAACAAAGCUGGGAGUUUUUUUUUCUUUUCUUUGUUUUACAAUAAUCUGAGGGGUUAUCCUACAGAAAUAUUUAUGGAAAGAUUUUUUACAACACUUUUUGUAUAGAAUAUGCAACAAAGUUACACUAAGAAGGAAAUAUUGAUGUCUACAUAGAAUAUUAUUAAAUAAAAAGCUGGUACAUAAUUAAUACCCUUUCUCAAUUAUAAGCCAUUGUAUUUUUGUGUUUUGUUUUAUGAUGUUAUCGGUGUUGAAUAACCCACAAUGUUAUUCAGUUUGCUAUAUGUAACUAAUUGUGUGCUGCCAUUUACAUCCAUACAGUCGCAUGUAUUCAUUUUGUAAACAAUAUUAUGAAGAUAUAUUGUGUUAACCUGCAGAAAUCCUUAUUAGUGACGGAUACUCACCACUGUAUAAGCACAUUAAACUGUGAGAUGUAGUUUGCUUAAAGCAGCAAUGACAAGAAACUAUUAUAAAAUGUUACGUGUUAUUAGUUUAGGGAGUGUAUACUUUUGUCAAGAAAGCGUGUGUGACAAAGAACUAUUUUAGAGUUUGCAUGUGCAUGUGUUUGGUUUUGAAUGAAAUAUUUUUUUGUGCAAUGUAUUACUUAUUUAAAUACUUUACAGUAGUUUGCUACAGUACAUAUUGUUUAACAUUAUCAGCAACUUCUGAUUGUUAUUAGUCCUGAAGUAUUUCAUUUACAGCUAGCGUAGUCUCUGCGAAUAAUACGUAUUUACUGAAUGUAAUGUGUUAACACUUAUGUGGUCAAUUUGGAAAGUUGUGUUUGUAUUCUUUACUGUCUGUAUCACUUGAGAUGUUUGUAAUACAAUAUUGCAAUAAUGUAAUAUUUGAAUUGGACAGAACACAGGCGUGAGGUAGGGAAGACAACGAUUUUGGGAAACAAGGACAGUCAUGGUUUCGAGACUAGACCACAGGUCUGUUUUUCAUGUCCAUGAAACGGCAUUCCAAAAUGUGCCUUAUUUGUUAGUUGGGAAAGCAGUUUAGUGCUUUAGUUGCUGUCGAGAGUUUGAUGAAUAAAAGUCAUAUUAAA